UUGUAAAACGUACUAUAGAGUUAACAUACGAUCGUGUGAAGCUAACUACUUGUUGAACUUGUCUGUGCCAUAACACACCGAAACUCUCUGGUGCCAAAAACUUACGUCCCAUAAUGCCUCGUUCGUUCUUAAUCAAGAAACAUCAAAAUUAUAAAGCUAACCUUCCUAUCAAGAGAUCUUGGACAGAUAUGGAUAAUGACAUCGUUAUUAGCCUAGCAUCUCCAUUAUCUCUCUACUCAGAUGACCUGGUUCCCUUUGAUUUGACUAAAAAGACAAGAGUGUCUGGCUCAAAAAUUGAAUACCAACCUCAAUCAGUAGAAGAACCCUUACAACAUCGGCGAGAUCCAAAUGUGUUCGCUUUUUCUGCAUCCUCUGCCGAAACAGUGGUUAGUCGACCAGAAGAAUCAUCUUGCACACAAACCCCCGUUUCUCAUUACCAGCAUUUCCACUCUGACACCACUUACAGCUUCGGGUACAUGGAACAGCCUCAGAUACCGAUGUCUCCACCACGGUCACCACCCACUUCCUGUAAUGGUUUGGCCAGAUCAACUGACAAGCCGAUUUUGGGUUCACCGGUUUCUACAAAAGAGCUAUUUUCACCCAUAAAAUCAUUUCCUAUUCAAGCAGUGGCACCUAGCAAAAGCGAGUUAUCAACGACGUGGAUUCCAUAUAGCCACCAGGAGUCACUUUUGACAGCUCCUCCUAGUCCUGAAUCAGAAGAGGAAAGCAGUCGAGACAGCACAGCAACAAUUAGUAAAACGCUUACAGCAAAUUCUCGAUAUCAGUGUUUGGAAUGUGAUAAAAGCUACUCCACCCUCAGUGGACUGUCCAAACAUCGGCAGUUCCAUUGUGAGUCAACUACUAAAAAAUCCUUUAGCUGUAAGCACUGCGACAAGGUCUACGUCUCCCUUGGGGCUCUCAAGAUGCACAUCAGGACUCACACCCUCCCGUGUACAUGUACGUUAUGUGGCAAAGCCUUCUCCCGGCCCUGGUUACUUCAAGGUCACAUCCGGACCCAUACUGGAGAGAAACCUUUCUCCUGUCCGCACUGCACCCGAGCUUUUGCUGAUCGGUCCAACCUGCGGGCUCACCUCCAGACACACUCGGACGUCAAGAAAUACAGGUGUAAGGCAUGUAACAAGACCUUCUCUCGCAUGUCCUUGUUGGUGAAGCAUGAAGAAGGAGUGUGUGCCAGCGGACUCCAGCAGCGGUAACCAGCUGCGUUCCGCUCUGUUGAACUUAGGAAAGAAAUAUACGUUUUUAAAUUAACUGCUUAGAAUUACUCGUUUUAUUAAGCCUACCUAAG